UUUAUGUAAUUGUUCGCAGGGCUCAAUAUCAGUACAAAGGCUCCAGCAGUCUACUCUGAGGUCAUCAUCAAGAUGGAUGACUCGGACCUCACCCGCUUUCGCUUCCGUUGGCUCUUGGUCUGGAUGUCCGACAUGCUGGUCGGCGAGGACGUCCAGAAAGCCAAGAUGCUGCUCCGCAAUCAGCUAGGUCCUGAGUACGAAGCCAUCCAAAACGAUGGCCUGAAGCUACUGGAGGCAUUAGAAAGAGAGAAUCAGAUCCAUGAGGGAGACACGGAGCUCCUCCGAAUGUGUCUUACAAAGCUGGAGCGGCACGACAUCUUAGAAGCCCUGAAUGAGUACGAGCGGGAGCGACAGGUGGUCUCUAGGAAGCUGCAGCUGAAGGCUUCCUCGGUAGAUGGACCCUACUUCGGCCAUGCUGACAUCAUGGAUGAGAUCGUUAGCGUUCUGGACGACGACACCCAUGAUCAUGUCCAUCUGGCCUGCAUUAGCGGCAUGUCGGGGACCGGCAAGACAAGACUAGCCAAGGAAGCCUGCUUUCGUCUGCGGCAGUUCCACAAGAUGAUCUUCGUGGACCUGCGGGAGUUGGAGACCAUUGAGGCAAUCUUCUUCGCCAUCAUGCAUGCAUUCGGAGUGGAGUGUCGAGAUUACGAACCACAGGUCAUGUACAGCUGUUUCAGGUCCUACGACCCCCGACAACAUGGUGGCGCCGUGUUGGUCUUGGACAGCACCGACCACCCCCUUGACCAAGGGUCGGCUGGCCGUCCCAACCCGACCUACAACGCCUUCGUGGACAUGCUGGAGAACAUCACCAACCUACCCAACAACAGACUGAAGCUGCUCGUCACGUCACGUUACGGCGUGGAGAACCUGGGAAUCAAGAAGCGGUCUUUUGAUUACUGGCGACUGGAGGGCGAUCACGAACUGGCCAUGGAGAGCGCUGUGGAGAUGGUCAAGUACCAUGCUGGCAAAGCGCAACUCAAUGACAAAGAAGCUGAGGAGUUGGUUCGCUUCUGCGGCAAGAACCCCUUAGCUCUCAAAGUGGUUGCAAGCCGCCUCCAAGACCAGACGGUCAAGCCCAAGGAUCUGAUCCAGUACUUGUCUGCAGGAUCAGGGCAGCAAGCCCUUCGCAUCACCCGGGCCUUGAGCCAUCUUGGGCUGGCACUGAGCGACCAGAUCGGCCCGUGUCUGAAGACAUCCAUCGAUUCCCUCCCGCAAGCCCAUCGACGGAAUCUUGUCAAGCUGUCAGUCAUCCCUGGAUCCUUCACUUUAGAGGUUGCCCGGGUAAUUCUAGGCUAUCCUCGUAAGCGCCAGAUGGAACUGCAGCUAGACCUCCAGGCCUUGAAAUAUCGGAGCCUCCUGGAGAGCAAGCAAGAAGAUGAUGAUGAAGAAGCAGGCGGAGCCUUUUCAAAGAGCCGAUCCAAGAAAGAGGGCGGCACCAGAUACUCCUUGCAUCUUCUCCUCAGAUCCUUCGUGGAGCAGAUGGCUCGGGAAUCAGAGGACGAAAUGCAGGGAAUCUUCAAGGAAGCCGAGGCAAAGUUUGUUGACUACUUCAGUAAGAGGAUGAAGAAGAUUGCUAAGAUGCUUCAAGUCAAGGCAAUGGUUGCCAUGGCUCGUCUGCAGGAUGAUGCUGCCAACUAUCUCAAAGCUCUGCACAUCAUCAAGUCAUCCAAAGAGUACCACAACCCAGACACCAUCUUCUGGAUGUACAUUGUGGUGGAGAUGCUUCUCUUCACCAACGAGCGUCUUAAGUUCUACCGCGAGCGUGCCGAGUCUGCCAAGGAGUGCGGCCAAAUGCAGGUGUACGCAGAGAGUAGAUGCUAUGAGGUGUACCAGCUGAGUGAGAUUGGGCACAAGUCAGACACCCUCCUUCCCAUGCUCCAAGAAGCCGAAGACGAACUUGAGAAACUGGACAAGGAGAUACAGCCGAUCAGCAUCCAGCUCAGCCUGGCAACAUGUUACCACUUCCGGGGCGACGUGUACCUCAAUGACCGAGACUGGAAGCAGGCCAUCCCACAGAUCCAGAAGGCACUAGACAUCCGCAAGCAUUACCUCGGGGAGCACUUGCUGACGGCUAGGACCUACAACUCCCUGGGAGCAGCACUCCAGGACAAGGCGUUGAUCGACCCGGGCCUGUCUCCGGCGUUUAUCAAGAGUGAGAAAGAGAAGGCGAUGGAAUGUUACCGGAAGGCUCUGGAUAUCUGCAAGAAGACGGCGGGACCAGACAGACUGCACAUUGAGGGACCGACUUUCCUCAUGAACUUGGGUACUUGCCUCCAUGACAUGGAGCAAUAUGAGAAAGCUGUUGAGAUCUACCAACAGGCCUUGAAGGAGGAGAGAAUGCUGGGAAUGGAUGGGACAGAUAAGACCUGCACCUCCCUCAAGAACAUCGCCAUGAGCUACUACGAGAUGGAAAAGUACGAUGAUGCGAUCCCCAUCGCUAAGAAGGCCAUGGAGGGACGCAAGCGACUCCUGGAAACCCACCCUGCCACGGCGAGGAGCAUCUACUUCGUUGGCUCGCUCAACCUGACCAACCGCAACUACAAGGAGGCGCGCAAGUACCUGGACGAGGCCUUGUUGAUGGAGGAAGAAUUGUGGAGGAAAGGGAUGGCUCACAGCGUGGACUGGCCGAGAUUGAAGAACAAGAUCGAGUUCUUAAUGACGACGCUUGGCAAGGAUGCUGCUCUGUCGGUUUACAAGAAGCGCUUCAGGGAGGCAGAGAAGCCGUCCAACCAGCAUAAGCCGAAGCUAGAAGCUCCCGACCAUAGCGAGACAGAGUCAAGCACCUCAUCGUCCUCUGAAUCGAUUCAGAAAAGAAAGCGAGGGUCUAUCUCCAGCACGGAUUCCUCUGGUAUUGCAGAGGACAGGGCGGAUGGCUUGCCUGUGCAAGCUUUGUCUGCUCAAGAUGCACAGCUAAGAAGCUCCAAGAAACGAGAGAAGAAGCCACGGGCCUCCCGGGACCCAGACGAGGAGACAGACUCCACCAUCACCACCGUGUCUGGGGUCUCCGUCAAGAUGGAAAUGGGGGACAUAGUGGUCCACUUCCCACCCCCUGCACCCGAAGACAAACCUGACACCUUUGAGUGGCCUCGCUGCAUCAUCUGCUGAGGUCAGAGGUCAAGAAACAAAUAAAAGUCGUCACAUGUAAAGAGUAGGACUAACUAAUCUAGGCGUAUGCCAUUCCAUUCGGUUGUAAAACGCGAGACGGAUUUUUUUCUUGUACUCGGAUGUGAAUCAUGUUUAGACAGUGAAAAUAGUGGUAGAUCAAUGUGUGUAACUAAAUAGAACCCUGUUGUAUUUUCUGCAAAAGUACUAUUCCAUUUUUAAUUUGCAGUUUUUUUAAGCUGUGGCAGGAGCUUCGGCAUGUCACUUAGUGGUCGGUCGGUCGGUCCAUCUGUCGGUCUGUCUGUCCCCCAAAAUUGAACAAAAAUAUUUGACCAAAAAUAAUUGACUAAUGGAGUUAGACCAAGGUAUUUCAUAAAAAUUUGUAUUUUUGUUCUUGAUGUCGUGUGUUGUAACUUGCCUUGAAAUUGAACGAAAUACUGAAAAAGGGCUGUAUGGAUUACAAUCGGUUGAGUAUAUUGCUCACCAAAUUUGUGUACUAAGCCAAAUAACAGACGAGAACCAGUCGCCACUGAUAUUUGUCUUGCGAAGUUUUGACGGGUAACUUGUUUUUGCUCAGCUUCCUUGACCACCCGUCCUUUGCAACCUUGCUAUUUAUCAAAAGAAGACAAAUAAACUCCAGGUACUUUCUUGCAAUCAGAGCCCCACAGGCUUGAGCAUUGGGUUUUAUCUGUGGUUACUGUAAAACAGUCUCGGCUAAAACCAAGAGUUGGGUAGGAGCUGUAGCCUUCCCAGUACAACGCCUAUGAAAUACACGUUUAAUCACUUCAAAAGCCGGUGUUGACCAUUGUUAAACAAAAUAUGAACUUUUUUAUUUUCUUCUUGAAGAAUAUGGCGAUGUGUAAAAUAUUUAAUCAAGAUUUAUAUUUAAAAAGUAGCUAGCUUGAAGCAAACUUUAUAUAUUAUUAUUGUAGCAUUCCAUAGGAGUACUUGCCACAGAUGUAUUCCUUCGCUCGUUACUAUACAACUCCCCUGUCCAAGGUUGUGAGGGAACUAGAAUUUAUUUGAACUUGCCUCUUAAGUUGCUGUGAAUUUAUGUUACACAGAUUCAGUGCGGUUUGGUUUAAACUUACAAGAUAUUUAAAAAAAAAAAAUUAGACUAGUUUAAAAUGUGCAUUAUUAUAUGGUCGAAGGAUCAGUAGAGAGAGACAACUGAAUACUGAAAUAAUCAAAUUUUAACUACAUUUUUUAGCAGUGUUUUCUUAAAGUUUUAAUAACUUUGCAUUUUCUUGUCUUUCAAGCAUAACAAUUUGAUUUUUUUUCUUGCAAUAUUUUGAAUGGUAGCUCAUGCGAAAUCACACCAAUUAACAUCUUUGUAUUUUCCGUUGCCAUAACUUUUGAAACUUGUUCACCUCCGAAAUGGAGGUGAACUUUUUUCAAUUUUCAGAGUAUUGGUAUUUGUCAUCUUUGUUAUGUCUAUGACACGUUUUAAAUAAAUAGUAUUAAAUUAGUGGAAUAAUAGUAUUUCUAAGGAAAAAGAAUUUGGCAUCCUUCAUUUUCAUGACUACAAACACUCAAAACUAUAAAGGCCUUUUUUUCUCAGUAUUUUACUUUUUGACCUGUCGAUAAAUGCAAAUUUUAAACAGCCGUAACUUGUCAACAGAAUGUCUGAUUCAGUGAAGUGCAACAAACAUUAUUGCUAGGAGAAUGUUAUUCUCUUUCCUAAUACAUGUAUCCGCAAAUCCUAAUUUUGACUUCUGCCCAGUUCUGUCACAUUUGGCCAGAACGCCCACAGAUAGUUUCUGGUUCCAUUGCAUUCUUAAUAUUUCAAGGGAAUACAUGUACACAUGUACAUAAAUGUCAAACAUACUUAUUCUAUUCCAAUAACUCAUUCCAUUCUGUAUUUUCAAAUGUAACUUUUAUCUUUGUACAUAUAUUUAACCCAUGUGGUAUCCUUGACCAAGUGCUGAAAUUUUACGAACCUAGGGAGUCCAUCAAUGUGGUACUUAAAUUGUAACAGUUUACCUAUGUCAUCAUAACUUAGCUUGGCUUUAACAAUCGCUGGAAAUAAAUUUGAGUGAGUUGCGCAGCAGA